GGGGCCACAUGACGCGGACAGCAUCAAUGGCGGCUGAUACGGGAGAAGUCGAGGCAGUUGUUGGCCGCUUAAGUCACAAAAGCUACCGGGCCUUGCUGAAGAAGGAAAAGCGGCGGAGGAAGCGGCAGGACCUUGCCAGGCAGCGCAAUGAGGGGGAGGAAGAGGAGGAAGAGGAGUUGGACGAAGUGCAAAAGGCGAGGGAGGAGCGGGAGGAGCGGCGAAUAGAGGCUGAAGGAAUGCGUGCGCACUUGGAGUGGCAGAAACGUGAGAGGCAAGCUCAGGAAGAGUUCCAGCAGCAGCAGGCGCGUGCAGAGGAGGAGCGGCGACGUCGCGAAGAGGAGGAGCGGAAGAUUAAAGAGGAGUGGGAGAAUCAGCAGGCGAAGGAAAAGGAGGAGAAGGAGAAGAAAGAGGCGGAGCGCAGGACGAGAGAGGAGGCCAUACACAAACUGCUGGAGGACUCGGAUAGACAGGCGAAGGGGCGGAGCACGGGCGAGGACUGGCGCAACCCGGACGCUCCCAGGGACUAUGGCACGGAGAGGGACCGCGCACACUGCCCCUUCUUCCUCAAGACCGGUGCCUGCCGCUUCGGAGACAGGUGCUCGCGCCUGCACGUGCGCCCGUCGCGCAGCGCGACGCUGCUGCUCCGCUCGAUGUUCGCGCCUUUCGGCCUGGAUCAGGCUCGCUGCGACGACUACGACUCGGACGCCGGCCUGGAGCUUGGCGACGACGACCUCCGCCGCCAGUUCCGUGACUUCUACCGCGACGCGCUGCCCGAGCUACGCCGCCCGGGCCGCGUGCGCCAGUUCAAGGUCAGCUGCAACUUCGAGCCGCACCUCCGAGGGAACGUCUACGUUCAGUACGAGACGGAGGAGGAGGCCAUGCAGGCCUUCCAGAUGUUCAACGGUCGCUGGUAUGCAGGCCGCCAAAUCAACUGCGAGUUCUGCCCCGUCUCACGCUGGAAAUCGGCCAUCUGUGGGCUCUACGACCGCCGCCGCUGCCCCAAGGGGAAGAGCUGCAACUUCCUGCACGUGUUCCAGAAUCCAGGCAACGAGUUCUGGGAGGCGGACCGCGACAUUGAGCCACGAUCUCCCGAAUCCCACAGAGGAGGCACCAGCAGCCGCCGCGACCGCACCCCGCCUUCCGAUCGGCACGACCGGCAACGACGCCACCGCUCCCGCAGCGCGGAGAGGGGCUCCUCCGCCGCCGCCGCUUCGUCGUCGUCCUCCUCGCUGCGGAGGGGCGGCCGGACGUUGCCCAGCGCGGAGCGGACGACGAGGAGGGACGACGGGAGAUCGCGCUGGAGCGAGCGCAGGAGCGAGCGGUCGCCCGCGGAGCGACGCGCGAGGUCGAGGAGCUGGGGGCGAUCGGAGAGGUCGGAGAGGACGGAGAGGUCGGAGAGGUCGGAGAGGACGGAGAGGUCGGAGAGGUCGGAGAGGUCGGAGAGGACGGAGAGGUCGGAGAGGAUGGAGAGGUCGGAGAGGUCAGAGAGGUCACCCAGUAGUGGCAGCAAGAGGAGGUCGCCGGGGACGCGCCGGGACGGCUCCUCACGGCACCACGGUGAGAAGAGGGACAGGCGACGCUCGGGGAGCAGGGAGUCCCGGAAGGACGACCAAACGACGAAGACGAAGAAGAAGAAAGCGAAGAAGAAAAGGACAAAGGAGGAGGGCGAGGAGGAAGAGCGGCGGGAAGAAAGUCGGCACAAGCGCAGGAGCGAGGUGCCGAGCGGAGUUGAAGAGACGUCGAUCGGCACGGAGACGCCGCAGGAGCCGGCCAAGGUCGACCCGCCAGAGACCGUCUCGGAUGACGGGCUGCUUCCGGGCGGUAGCGCACCCACCACCAACGGUUGCGGUGGAAACGGUAGCGGUAACAACGGUGAUGAGGAACAUGCGGUGGAGGAGGAGGAGGAGGCACCACUGCGCCUGAACUGCAGGGAUGGCGUCUCGGGGGACGACGGAGCGGCCGAUGUGGGAGUGAACAGGACGUCGCCGGAAGACGCCACGGGAUGCGAGAGAUCGCAGGUCGUGGAGAAGGCGCGGCAGGAAGAGGAUGUGAGCCGGGAAGUGGAUGACACCGUGCAGUGGAUCCUUGAGAGUUGAUGUCCCAUCGUUGUUGAUCGGCCACUUCGCGGGCAGUGCUUGGUGACUCGGUGUGUAAGGAGUCCACCACCCCACCUUCCUCCGCACGAUUCAAAUCAAGAAGCGGUCCUUAAUUCGUUUUGGCCCUUGAUGGCAUUGUUAUUCCUUGGUUCUUUCGGUAAAGUCACGUGGAUAGAAAAAAAAAUUACAAAAAUAAAGUGAGUAAAAAUACCACGAUGUUUCGAUCGCACCACAAGCGGUCGUCAUCAGGAAAAGGGGUUAGCCUCUAAAGGCAAACUGUUUAUAAAGGUUUGGAGAUGGGCGUAGCCCAAGUGUCUCAGCAGCACCAGCAGCAUGGGCAGGGCAGCAAUGCCAAUGCAGCAGCAAUGCCAAUUCAGCAAAGGCCCGCCAGGAAAUCACUGCACCCCACUCUACACGCCGCACUGCUGACGGUGGAGGUUGAUUAACAAUAAAACACAAGUCAAGUCAUGACCCAAAGUGGUUGAUGACAUCUUUCCAAUGUUAUAACCAUCCUCUCACAUUUUAAGUCAAAAUUCAUUCUCAUUCUGUUUCGUUCAUCAUAUUCUCUCGUUUCCCAUUCGUGCCAGGAACCCAAUGUAACGUAAACUUACGGUACAGUCUUCCACAGUUUUAUUAUCCCCAUUGUGCUAAGGGUGUCGCGCCACUAGAUGACGGCAUCCGUGUGAAUCCCUCGAAGCAGUGACACCCUUGUUAGGGGAGCUGGAUCUCGUUCUCAGAUCUCCUCUCGUGAUCUCUGGCCCACACAUCAGGGGGCAACACUUUCUCCAUCCACCUUUGACACACAGAAUGUAAAGUCUGUAUCGCAUGACGAGUCAAACUGAUUUAUUUAUUUUCUUACAAAUGAAAUUUUUGCCAAAUAAAGUGCAGAAUCAAAUGUCACGUGAUUUUUUUGUGCAGUCAUCGGUGACCGGGCUGAGACUCUCUCAACCCGCUACACUGGAAAAAUCCGGUUUAAUAACGACUGUACGUAGUCAACUGCGCUAAUUGACUGCCGAGAUUCCAACUUGGUGUCAACUCUGCACUCUGACCUGUGAACCAAUCAUAUAUUCAUACACGUACAAUUGGAUCCAUGCAUUGCGAACCCCUUCGUAUCAUUUGAAUCGAUUAAUUGAUACAUCGUUACCUAGGUUGUGAAUCGCAAAUGAUGCCAGGUAUGUAAGUCCCACACUGCAGUAACUAAGUAUUUGACACAAUUUGUGGUGCAUUAAACAGGAAAAGUGCGUUGCUGUGUCACCACAGUGGUAUGGUCGAAGUCCUGUGAGAUUCUUGGUUUGUUUCUGGGUCCCAUUAAGGUUGAUGUAAAGUUUGACAUCGCGAUAGAAUUCGUUUUUCAUCCACUUCUGUAGAUAAAUGCUCUGCGGGUUGUGCAUGAUGACAUUGUAAUAUUAUUCUCGGUCAAUAACUGAAUGUGGCUGUUAUAAUUUAAAGGUUGUACAAAUUGUGUAAUAAGUUUUUUAUUUGUGUAUUUUUUGUGACUGCCAUUAAUGUGUUUUUUUUACAAAUGGCAAAGUUUACAACGAGAAAAACUUUCCACUGGAUUAAUCUAUUUCCAUUGUGUUCAGAAAGAAUGUCCGACUCGUUUACGAUUAAAGCCUCUAGAUAUUAUACGCUCUCAAUUUCA